UCUGCGCAGGUUCCGCUCACCUGCGCCAGAAACACACUUCAAAACAACAUGACUUGAGCUCCAGCCUCGCAGACCAGCCGAAUGAAGCGCGCAAUGACCGUGCCGUGGAGUUUGCUGUGGAUUCUGGGUUUGAUCUGCUCCUCGGACUCCGGCUGCUCUCCGACAUCUUACUAUAAGAGCUGCUGGAUCCGCAGAUAUCCAGGACUGUAUGUGGACAUCGAGGAAUCUCAGCGCAGAGGAGCUCAUCUCCUGAGGGUUUAUCAGGACGAGUCUGCGCUCAAGUGCAGCAGAGCCUGCUGUCUUACACCAAACUUCUCCUGCAACCUGGCUGUGUUUCAUUUCAACACCACUCAGGACAGUGUGAACUGCUUUCAUCUGCAAUGUCCGACCGCUGAGAGCUGCAUUCCUCACCGCAGAGGAAAUGUCAUCCUCUAUAAUGUCACUAAAGGUGUGGAUCCGGACCUGUUGGUGUUCGGGAAGCACUUCACCACCAACGUGCGUGUUCUGCCUCACAUGUCUUCGUCGCGGCUCAACGUUUCAGAGCCGCUGACCUCCGACAAGCGCCAGUUCAACUAUCCACCCGUCCGCUCCAUCAGUACGAAAAAACCUACAAGCCCCCAGCAAACCACUCGAGCUGUUCCUACUACACUUGAAGUACAACAUAACCUCCCUCGAUGUGCUACAACAACUCAGAGCACAUCAGAACACACCACAUCAACUACGUCACUCAACCCCCAACAGAUGACUACUACGCCACAGUGGGCAUCAACAAAACUGCAUCAUAUUACACAAACCACCUCUCAGACGGAUGAACCUGAUACUUUAAACCAAAGCAUCCCAAACCCCUCGACCACAACUGACUACUUUGACUCUACUUUGACCUCCAUCCCAAUCAAUGAAGCUCUUACUACCCAACAGCCUUUGGGAUUACAAACUACAUCUCUACAGACUACAAAAUCUUUAGUGGCGGCUUCUCAAAACACUACGCAAUCUUUUGUCAAAACUACCAAGUCGGAUGAGUAUCUAAAAACUACAACUGUUUUCAAGACUUCCCAAUCGGAAACCUUAACAAACGCAACGCCUUUGACUUCCGCAAACGUGCCCUUACAAACCCCUGAAUAUGAGACGAGACAAGCUACAACGGCUCAAAGCGAGUCAGAGCAUGUUAUAUCAAUUACGUCACAGCUUAAAAUGGACUCCACACUCAAUCCCCAACAGACGACUACUACUACGCCACAAAACGUGCCCUUUCAAACAUCAUCCCAAAAUACCCAAACUACUAUUCAAUCCCAACCAAAAGUGACAAUUAGCAGCGACACGAGAACCACCAACCCUACAAUCCCCACCGACGACUCUACAACCCCUAGACACCGGACCCUAACUUUUACACACACCCGUAUGGGAAAAUCCGCAAAUAGUUUGAGUUCUUCCCCUACGAGCAGCAUGAUGGACAGUCAACCGUAUCCCAACGACACGAAGGGUUACAUCAGCCGAAACAUCACCACGGGUGACGCACCUCGACCCGUUGGGGACGGAGGAAGCUUGACGUCGGUGUGGCAUUUGGCGGCCAAUACCGUACUAGUGGCCUUAGCGACUUGCGCUACCGUCACGUUCUGCUGCUGUUGUUCUGUGUUCGCGGCUCUGAGCUGGAGAGGCCGGAGGCGACGCAAGCGCAGGUACAGGACAAAUCUGAGGGGCAAGAGAGGAUCAAUGAGACUCAUUAAAUACGUCAUUGUAAGGGAAAGCUCGUAAAGCGGGGUUCCUUGGGUUGAGCUCGAAGCCUAAUCAAACACGCCUGAGUUUGAUACAAGUUGGAGAUGAACUCUGAAGUACAGUGGCUCUCCAGGCCCAGAUUUGAGUCGUAACUAGUGCCUGCGUCUGAAAUUGCAUAGUCUCUAGGUACUUCCUUUGAACAUGUAAUGAACUACUUGCGCUGAGCUUCGCGACGCACUUCCGUUUGGAAACAAUACACUUACUUCCGGUUAUGUUUACUUUCAAUGUACUGCGGUCAAUCGUCAAUGAGUUGAACAAACACCACCUAAAAUGAGUGUCUGUAAUAAUAUUUUAGAUUUUGGACAUUUUUAUUGA